UGAGCAACACUUGUACUCAAUUACCAAUCAAAUCUGUGUAACGGACUCCGGCGCCGAGUUUCUGCUGCUGUCUGCGUCGUGUCUUGAAAAUCAAACACUGAAUCAUCUCAGCGAGGGUGACUCUGGCGGACAGGACGAAAACAAAGGAUCUAGAAUGAACGGCAUAGUUUGGGGACUAUUUCUCGAUCUGCCGUGUUUCAUGGAGUCAGACAAUAAAACUUUCCAGCCCUGGAGGGAUUACAUAGGACUGUCGGACACAAUGAAGGAGAUCCUGGGACGCAACAGCGCCUCUGAGUCCGCGCCACAAGCCGUCAAAAAUUCUCCCUCGGACCCUGAUCGUUUGUGCGAUGCGCUGGCCUCAGUGCGCAUCAACGUAGCUGACCAAAGUGACAUCCUCGGCGCAAAAUCUGCGCCAGAUCUCCCCGCUAAACCUGCACUAGCAGGCUCUCCGGCGUUGGGGCGCCCACCUGACGGACUUUUGCGCCCCUCAGUCUCCUUCAGGGCUGACGCGCCGGAUACGGUGGAUCUGAAAUUGAUGCCAAGAGAGACAGGGCACAGGGGGCCAAAAGACCGGAGGAAGUCCACACGUUUCAAAACAGCGGAUUCAGCAGCGCUGCCCCCCUCACCUGAGCGCAUGUUCUGCAGCUUUUGCAAGCACAACGGGGAGUCCGAGCUGGUGUACGGAUCGCACUGGCUGAAGAACCAGUCCGGGGAUGUUCUGUGCCCCUACCUGCGGCAGUACGUGUGUCCCCUGUGCGGGGCCACAGGAUCCAGAGCGCACACCAAGCGCUUCUGUCCGAAGGUGGACAGCGCGUACAGCUCCGUGUACGCGAAGUCCAGACGCUGAAACAGCAGGAGACAGGAAGCAGUCAGACACAGAGGGGUGAAUCCUUCAGUGGGCUUUUGUUGAUUAUCACGUGUGUGUUUUGUUUCUGUUUUUAUUUGCAUGCUUUGGCGCGUUUUGUGUAUGUGGAGCCUUGUAGGUCGCUGAUUGGAGUCUAGUCCCAGCUGGUGUUUCUGUCGGCCUGGACUCUCUUACAGCGUCAGUGUGCAGUUUGGAUUUGUAGGGGGCUUUCUGCACCGACAGCCGGAUACGUUUGGGAGGGAGAAAAUUCAUAAAGGUCACCGUCUCUUUGUUUUAUAUAUUUUUAACACGUGGUCGUCUGCCAGUUCCAUAUCUUCUGUCCAUGCAUUAAAGGAUAUUUAACACAAUCAAACCUUAGACAGUCAUCACAGCAUGUGCCACAUUAUGACCAUGUGAUAUUUACCUUUUUAAACAAUGUGAGUGAUUAUUGUUCUUGUUCUUAUGUAUGAAAACAUGUUCUGAAAGCAUUUUAUUUUGAUGUUGUGAUUAUGACACUUCUUAAUGUUAAUGAAGCUUGUCUGAUUUUGUGAAGAAAAAGAUGUGCAAAUACUCUGGCUUUUCACAAAUUAAAAAAAGUUUAAAUUGACAAACUUA